UUCUCUAGAAAGGAGCAAAGGAUGGUUAGAAGUUAGAAGAAAGCGAGUAGUGACUGUCAGAAGACAGACAGGAGCUAUAGCAGUUAGAUUCUCAGAGUACUUAGUGAACAGCAGACUAACAUUAGUAUAGACCUGCAUGACGACGACUCCUCAGGACUCAAGUCGGUAGACACCCAUAGGUAGAAAUACAGCAAACGCACGGCGAAAGCUUGUAACGACAGUUUUUAUUUCCUUUAAUUUGAAGCACACAACACGUUUUAAAUGCAACGCUGUUUGAUAUAUGAGAAAAGUAUGGCAGCCGAGACGAGGAACGGCGGGAGUUCACUCAACAACAAUAACUGCAAAGACCACAGCAGGAGAAAGUUACUGGUGGGAGUGGACCUCUUCUGCCUCUUUUUAGCCGGCCUGCCUUUCUUGGUCAUUGAGACCAGUGCUGUUCAGCCUUACCGUAGAGGGUUUUACUGCGAUGAUGAGUCCAUCAAGUACCCGGCCAAAAAUGGAGACACCAUUAGCGACGGUGUGCUUAGCGCUGCUGGCAUUCUUAUCACCAUCCUCUCUAUCAUCAUCGGGGAGAGCUACAGGAUCUACUUCCUGAACGAGGGAUCCAAGUCUUUUGUCGGGAACCCGUACAUAUCUGCUCUAUACAAGCAGGUGGGCGUGUUCGUCUUUGGCUGCGCCAUCAGCCAGUCCUUCACUGACAUUGCCAAAGUGUCAGUGGGUCGCAUGCGUCCUCAUUUCCUCGAUGUGUGCAAACCUGACUUCUCCACUAUCAACUGCUCCCUGGGUUACAUCACUGACUACCAAUGUCAGGGGCCAGAGAGCAAAGUUCAGGAGGCCAGGAAGUCUUUCUUCUCUGGACAUGCAUCAUUCUCCAUGUACACCAUGCUUUACCUGGUGUUUUACCUGCAGUCUCGUUUCACUUGGCACGGAGCUCGCCUGCUGCGCCCUCUGACCCAGUUCACUCUCAUCAUGAUGUCUUUCUACACCGGCCUGUCCCGUGUCUCUGAUCACAAGCACCACCCAACUGAUGUCCUGGCGGGUUUUGUGCAGGGAGCCCUGGUGGCCUACUGCAUAGUAUUCUUUGUGUCUGAUUUGUUCAAACCCAAAGGAAGACGUUCUAACCUGUCGCCGACCCCAGUGAAGAAAGAUCUUGUUCCUCCAGCAGACAUCAGAGAGCGGAGCAACCAUCUCAUCAUGGCAUAGAGAAGGCUGCAUACUGACUGUACGUACUCCUGACCUGUGCCAUUUAAAUCACUACUACAGCCACUGGUCAAUACUGGAUAAAACAAACUCCCAACAAGCUGGAUAAUGCAGACAAAUAUGGAAUCUCAGAGGAUGAAAGGAGGCUACGGAAAACAGUCAACUGAGUUUUGCUUUCUCAUCGGAAAGUUUCAUCUUUUUCCUCGGUGCAACCAGACAUUUUAAUGUGGAAAAGAGAGAGGACUAUUUGUACCUCCUCUGUUAUGAAGAUUAUUGGAGAUUCUCCUCUGUCAAGGCCUUUCCAUGAACACAAGUCUGAGACGAAACAAAACUGAGAAAUGGCAGCUGUCAACAAAGCUCAGUGUGCCUUAUGUGCUUUCUCCCCUCUGCUGCAUCCAGUGGGAGCUACACUAAUACUCCUGCCACUCCCUCACUGUGUGACUCAUAACAAAUCAUGACAAAAAAACAAAGUCCUUGAUUUCAUGAAGGAUGUUGUUUUGGUUUGGUUUUAUUACAAAUAUGUGUGAUUUAUAGCACUAUUUUAGCUAAACUCAGUACUGUUUGUCACCACUUGAAUGACCUGAAGUGAAGCUUUUGGAAAGCUUUGUAAGACGGUGUAAGCUUUUUGUUAUGAUCAUAAUGUCGUGUUCCUCAGAAGGCACACAUAAGUUACAGUAGGUGGAAAGUACGGCGAGAGCAUAUGUGUUGGAUGUGGGCCUCUUUCUGCUGGCUAGGACGAGCCCCCACUGAGCCAUUUAAUGAAAUGACUGUCUGUUAUAUGUACCAGACGGGUGCUCACAAGUGUUAGGUCAGAGUGUGUGUGAGAGUGUGUGUCCCUUGCGUAUGCUCAUAUGUAGUUAAUUUCUGUGUCUGUGUGUGUGUGUUUGGGUGAGGCCUUUCUGAGAGUGAGUGCCAAUGUGUCUUAAUGUCAUGUCUAUAUAUUUCAGUGUUUAUAGCCAACAAGUGUGCCUCUUUUCAGCCAGAGAACAGGCACCUGCUCCAACAGACACAUGUAACACGAGACAGGAACACUGUGGGGGAAAAAAGCAUCACGUGCUGUUCAUGUACUUUACUGUUACUAAUCAUAGUGAUGAUUCACAUCACUGAGAAAUCCUGUGAUAUACCGUAUGCAACACAGGCAUAUAUAUGUAUCUAUACACACCUAAAGGGGACCUAUUAUGCUCAUUUUCUGAUUCAUACUUGUAUUUUUGGCUUCUACUAGAACAUGUUUGCGUGCUUAAAUGGUCAGAAAAACUUUAUUUUACUCAUACUGUCUGUGCUGGAACAUCUGAAGUCACCCUCUGUCUGAAUCGCAUCAUUUUAACACCUGUCAAUUUCAGCCCCCCUCCCAAAAAAGCUCAGUCUGCUCUGUAUCUGCAUCCCUGGCAUCUCUGCCAAGCCCACAGGAACAGCGUUAGGCGUUAAACCAAUCUUAAAUAGUGGCCAAAA